AUGAAAAUAUACGGUCCCAUUAGUGAGCUCAAUAUAUUGGGGAUAAUUCAUGCAAUAGAAAUUUCGGUCCUGUCUUUAGAUUGGAAAUGGAAGCAAGUGAAAGUUAGUGAAGUAUUUAUUACCAAUAAAUCCGAGCUUGAAUCUGUACUGAUAUUGG